AUGCACCCGCCGCGCUGGCUUCUCGCAACCGUCCCGCUGGCCGCGUUAGCGUCCGGCCAGACAUGCUACUGGCCCAACGGCGUAAAAGCGACUUCAACAGUGGCAUGCCCUGUCGCCGGCGGCACUACAGCCGCGUCGUGCUGUUUUGCGAACCACUAUUGCAUGAGCAACGGUCUCUGCUUCUCGAAGACCGAGUUGAGUUUCUACCGUGGCGCCUGUACAGAUGAGAAUUGGACAACAAGUGGUUGCCCAAAGUAUUGUGACAAAGAUGAUAUUGUGGGCGGAGGUAACGGAACCUCCCUUCGAUCAAUUUGCGUCUUGAUCUUGGCGGCUGUUUACGGCGCCCACGCCGGCAUUGCUUUAUGUGGUGACAGCAAGUAUGCGUGCCAAACUUCGAGCAAUUGCGCAAACUACACCUUCGGAGUGCCCGCAGGAGUGAUGUUGCUAAACAAGUACUUGCAAUCGGACCUCGGUGACGUUGCGACUGCAACCGCAACAACAACAGCGACCACGAGCGGUAGUACUGUAGGAAUCACCAGCGGAGGCAGCGUUGCGACAUGUUCAUCAACGGCGGCGGCCAGCAGCGGUAUCUCAACGGGCGCGGCAGCUGGCAUCGGCGUGGGCGUCGGUGCUCCGCUGGCUCUUGCAGUCGGGCUGCUCACGGUCUUGCUCCUGCGCGAGAAGAAGAAGACAAGAGCGACGUUAUCGGCGCAAGUAUAUGAUGGCAAUAGCCCGGCAGCGCCGUGGGCGAAGUCCGAACGAACGGCAUACGCGCCCGUUGAGAUUCAAAGCCACACAGUGCCGCCCGAGCUGCCCGAAAAUCACAACGGCAGACACGAACUUUCUUGA